AUGGCCGAGAGACACCGCGCUUUUGUAUUCAACUCGACGAACGACGUCAUGGUGGAUCGGGUUGGCGUAGAGUAUCUAAUUGACAGGUACAGUACAUCAAGACGAAUCCUUGGAUGUCGUGUACUAAGGCAUGGUACAGUUGUGCGAAAUCCAGCUUCAAAAUGGUACCUCUCAUCCAAGGAAUACAAUAGCUCUGACCUCGGAACUUAUUGUCAGGGAAUGGCCUACGUAUUUAGCGGCGACCAAUUACGGCAUAUGCGUGAAAACAUCCCACGAGUACAAUACUUAUGGGUGAGUUCAAAGACUUUCAUCGUUGCGUUCAUAGUAGCGACUGCGACUAGGCGUAGAAAUCAGUAUGCACAAAUCACCCUCAUCAUCUGA